AGGAGCCCCUGCCAAGUCUCAGAUUUGGCAUGGCGGUGGGCUCUUUUGACUUUGGCUAGGGUACUGAAGGACUGUGGGGGGCUCCCAGGGGCCCAAAGCUGAUGUGUUUUGCACCAGCGAGCGCCAUAUUCUUGAAAAAAACAGUCUAUGUAGUUGGUUGACCGAGCUUGCAGUGAGACUGCAUUUUUAUUUGUUGGGAAUACCAGUCAAAGACUCUCUCAUAUCACGUAUUAAUGACUGAAAGUGCCAUUGGUUUGAACAGACAAGACAGCAGAGGCACAGCACUAACACGAGCAGCCUGUGUGCGCAGCCCAUGUGUGCGGUGUGGACAGCAAGUGUCCACGUCCGUCCGAUCGUUUGCUGAGUCAGGAGGCACUCACUCGCGUUGCUCUUUUGUGUUUUCCUCUAUAUUCUUAUCUCAUUGACCCAUGAGCUUUGACGUUAUGCUCAAGUGACGUCUGGUUUCAGGGUUCGGAUCGUGCCAUGCGUCCCGGGAAGCGCCGGAUCCCUGUUGUCGGUGGAGUAUUAACUUGUUUCCUCUAGCGCAGGAUCCAGUGGAUCGUUUCUGCCUGGAUGUGUGUGUUUACAGACGGAUCAUCGCGCACCUGACACUCUUUCACUUUUCAAGCGCGUGUUUAAUGAAUGAACCGUUCGCUUUUACAUUCUGCUGAGGGAUUGUACCGUGUCCGACCUUCAUUGCGGAAAACAGCCGGAGACUGAUGUGAAAGCCCGCCGCUGAAGUACGUGCUCCCCGAGCCUUGAUCCAGCGGACGGUUGUUGUGAUCAUGUCUGUCCACAUAGUGGCCUUGGGUAGCGAAUGUCCUGGGGGCGUCGGGCCUGGGGACGAGACGGCCGGCCCGGGACAGGUCCAAGGUGGCUUGUUGUGGAGUUACCUGGGCCACGGAGCUCGGGAAUUAGAUCCAAACUCUGUGACGCCAUCAAGGCAUCCCUUGAACCCUGCGUUUAUGGAGUACCAAUCUAGAGUAUUCGGGGAUGUGAGAGUGAUGGUGCGGGAUUGUCCCAGUUGGGACCUUUUGGACAGUGACUGGGCGAGCGUGCGAAGCGUUCUGGAGCAGGCUGACAUCGUGGUCAUUAAGUAUUCGGUCAACGACAAACUAGCCUUUCAGCAGGUCCGAAACGUCUACGCCCCAAGACUUCGCCCUCUUCUUCGGCAUUGGGGUGUUCCUGUGAUUCUGGUAGCCGUGGGGGCGAGGCUCAAUGAUGAAGGACCGCCGUGUACAUGUCCUCUGUGUGCGUCCGACUGGAGCAGCUGUGUGCCCCACAGUGAGGGGCUCCAGCUGUCCAGGGACCUGGGGGCCACUUACCUGGAGCUGCCCUCUCUAAACAACUUUUUUGUGGGUCGUUACUUUGGCAGUGUGCUGGAAUACUUCAUGAUUCAGUGUCUGAAGCAGAAAGCCAAAGAACGGCCAGACAAACGGAGAGGUCACAGGUUUAAUGAGCCCCGCCCUCCCCAUUUGGACCAGCCAGCGCGUCUUCCCCCGGUGAGAGUGGAGGAGUCCACCUUCUCUCAAGACUUGCAGUGGCUCCUCGAACGGGGCGUUCAGUUCGCAGAUGUGGCGUUCUACGCCGGGGACUCUGGGAAGGAGCUGGGCUGGGCGCACGCAUCCGUUCUGUGUGCCGUCAGCCCGUAUUUCAGACAGCUGCUGGUGGGACGGCAAGCCUGGGAAAGGCCUGUUUCACGCUGCACCUGCAGGGAUAGAGACGGCCCACACUCGCUUUUGUCCACCUGGGAUGGAGGCAUAGAUGAUCUACCCAGAGCAGACGGACACCCUCCAGGACAUCUCUCACGGCUGGUUGUGAAGGACCCGCUGCUCUGUUUAUGCCUGUGGGAGACGUUAAUGUUUCUUUACAGAGGGGCUUGGGAAUGGGAAUACCUGGAGGAAGCCAUUGCUGAAAAACUGAAGAACCCUUUGGCCGUAGCCCAGCUGAUGGACAGGAUACGCUCGUUUGUUGGGAGAGAAAAGGCCUCCAGGGACGCACCCACAACCCGCUCUCAACAAGGUCCUUUGACACUGGGAAGCCUCUUCAAUUCCCCUCUAUACUCUGAUGUCAUCUUCAUGGUGCAAGGAAGCGUGCUGCCAGCGCACAGAGCCGUGCUUGUGGCCCGCUGUGAUGUUAUGGCUGCCAUGUUCAGCGGGAAGUACGCAGAGGCACGAAGCCGUGUGGUGCCAAUCCACGGAGUCUCAUCCGAUACCUUUUUAGCUUUCCUGGAGUACCUCUACACUGACACCUGCUGUCCAGCCAGUGUGCUGCAGGCCAUGGCCGUGCUUGUCUGCGCAGAGAUGUACCAGGUGAAACGUCUGCAGCACCUGUGUGAGGUGUGCGUCUGCGCGUAUCUUCAGAGCAUGCCCAGUCGAGAGCUAGCGUCUACGGGCAUCAGCGUGAUUCGCUUACUGAGGAGAGCAAAGUGUCACAACGCUGACCAGCUAUACGUCUGGCUCCUCCAUUUCAUUGCCAAUAACUACCUGAUCUUCAGUCACAAGCCUGACUUCCUGGAGCUAUCAGAUGAGGAGCGUGAGCAGGUGGAACGACUGCGCUGGCCCUCCAGAGGUUAUCUGCAGGAGCUCAGUGAGUACCAGCAACGCAGACGUCAGAUCCGCAAGUCUCGCUGCAGCAUCAUGUGACCCCUUCUGGACGCCCU